GAAGCGUUACGCUCGAUAUUCUUACUGUUCACCAGCUAGAGCCAUGGAUUGCUCAGCUGAGGAAAUGUGGGAGAAGUUAAGGUGCCACCGGGUGCAAAUUGUUCAGGAGCUUCGCGUCGACCGAUGUGUCCUUUUCGAUUACUUGCGCAGCAAGGACGUCUUCGACGCCGAAGACUGUCAGAUUGUGCAUGUAGAGAGGACAAACGAACAGAGAGCCAGCAAGCUUUUGGAUAUUCUUGCGACUAAAGGAACGAAAGGUCUGCAGCAUUUCAUCGAUGUUUUGCAGCUCUUAAACCCAGGAUUGUACGAAAAGCUAACUGGACAGAGAGUUACACCAAGUAAGGACAACUUUUAUAAUUUGUCACUCGUUGGAUAUAAAACAAAUUCGAGGAUCUUUCAGAUGUUAUCAAAUAUGCGUUCUUUUAUUAGAUACUGUAUUUUAAGACGGAAAUAUUGUCGUCGUUUAUAUUUUGGGUAGGCAAUCGCCACUAUAAAUGAUUUUUUUUAAAGAUUUUGUUAUUGAACUACCGAUCGUUUGAAACCGAUAACAUUGUAAGGGCGAAGUGACGUAAGUAAACACUCACGGCCAACAUAACACUCAGCAUUAUGGGGUAACUGACGGCUAAAAAGUCACGUUUUUGGAAUACCGCCAUAAGUGCUUUGAAUUUGAUCAUGUGGCUUGAACAUCUCACGUUUGUACACUUAGCAAAGUAAAUAUGGAGGAUAGAACUUCUAGUGAGUGCAGUUCGAUUUCGAGGUCUAAUAAUUCGGAUUUUAAGGCCUCGAUGGAAGGUGAAAAUAUUGAUAGGGCUCAUGCUCAGUGGUUACUCAGCCGAAGCGGGGAAUAUCACGCCACAGAAUGUCAUUAAUACCUAAAUGGAAUGCAUAUUCAUUAAUAUUCAUGGCCUCUUGACAUCCAGACGAUUGCAUCAGCAAAUAUUUUCAAGAGAAAUUUGAAACACCCAUCGAAUAGGCAAUAAAGCGUUUGGCUAAAGAGAGAGAAAACCGCACAUAGUUAGUUUAAGAUGACGUCCAAGUCCAAUGCAAAUGAGUUUUGUCCUAUGUCAAUGUUAUCCAAUCUGCUUAAGACUCACGAAGCUGUCCAGAUGACAUUCGAACCUGCGAUGCAUUUAAUUUCUAUACAAGAAAAUAUCUAGGACGUUUUGAUGCCCUUUUAAUGUGAGCUGUGCGCCCGCCCUCCUUCUCUUCCCUACCAAAAAUUCAUGGAUUUUAUCAAAUGCUGGAAGCAACUCUAACAUACUGCUCCCUUGAAAAUUAUUUAAUUAUGUUCAUCUGGAGAGAAUCCGAUAAUCGAUCAUAGUAAAUACAUCGAAGUCUGUGUCAGCAGACACCCAGUGGCCCCUUGCUAGUGUCCGCAUGACGCUAAAAUUUUCGAUCUGCCAGAGCUUAAACUGUCACGUUAUUGGCUACUCUACAAACCCUGAUGUUUUAUAUCUCCUCCCCCUCAAAGUAAGAGUUUGCUAUAAAGGAAUGGAAAAACAAAUUUGAUUGAAUCAUGAAAAAUCUAUGGUGAAACCCUCUCGUGUGUCAUAUGAGGGCUUCCUUUUAGUCCCGUGGCUGCUUAGGAGCAAUAGUCUGACUUUCGAACUUUUUAAAAAAAUCGCAGCCACUUAACCUUACCGAUUUGGCUGAAAUUUGGCAUGAAGGCUAAUUUUAGGGUCCUAACCACGAAAUAGGUAUUAAAAAGUUCCAUUUGUUUUUGCUUGGUAAAAAAUCGAUAAAGCCAACCACGUCCGCCCAUCCUUGCCCGCCAAUAUGGCUUAUCGAAGGUGUUCUUAUGACUUCGACUUUAGCCCUCUCGCAUAGAUUUCCUAAAAUCUCUUGAAAUAAAUAAAAAGAUCUACCCUUGUUCUUAACAUUUAUUAGAAAAAAUGUGGGAGAUAGCAGAUUUUGAUUACAGGUUAUCUCAACGUUUGAAGGUCGUUUUGGGCUGCCUUGAACAGUAAAAAAUUUACCCUAACUUGUCAGCCUGAUAUCUCCAAUGUUACCUCGAUCCAGAAGUUGCCAUUUAUUUGGAACAAUGUUUGUUUAUGGACGAUUUGAUUCCAUUAAUAAAAAAAUGGGGGAGAUUUAAAGGUCAAAGGAGAAAAGUUAUUAAUCUAUGAUGACUUACCUAUAUUUGGGACCGGCAGCUUGCCGGUCAGAAGUCGGUCCAAGUACUUACUUACUUAUCCAAGUACUUACCGGUCCAAGUACUUAUUUCGUCCAGAAUGAAAGCAAAUUCCAGAAGAUUUUCUAAUAUUACGGAAGUAUCUGUUGAUUUUGGGCAAAAGCAAAUAUGUCUGGGCGGCAUUGUUGCAAUGGGAUAAAUAUUUGGUUACCAAAUGAAUGUAAAUAAUCGAUCCGGUAUUAACGCUAGGAAGGGUUGAUUUUGCAUACCGUUUUGAGAACGAAAAAAAGAAAAGAUUCUUGUGAAUUUAAACCUAGCCUGUAAGCUACAAUUGCAGUUGAUCCUCCUUGUCACGCCAACGGUUUAGAUAUUCUUCGUUAGAUAUUACGUAAAUUACAUCAUGUUUUUGAGCGGGUCUUAAUUUCGUUUUUCGAGUGUUUUAGUGUUCUUAUCAGUAUAAAGGAAACCCAACCUUUCGGGAUACUUCCUCUCCUUCCUUUUUUUCAUCAGCGGUGAGCAUGAAGCACCCUCAUUAAGCGCGCAAUCGCUAAUUGAGUUUGCUCUAAAAUCUAUUUUGCCUUGAGAGGCUCUUCGUGAAGGAUAUUUUUAAAAUUCUUUCGAUGGCUUUAAACAAGUUCUACACCUAAUCUAUGUGAAAAAAGAAACUAUGAAUUCGAAUUGAAUCCUUGUUCAUCACUAAACUGUCGUUUGUAGCGAAGACGGAAAUUAAGACCCACGACCUAAGAAACCAUAUUUUACUUAUUUUUUGAUGGCGAUAAGAGAGGUACGGAAGCCGAGAGGGACAAUCCAAAAAUGUUUUGUAAAUCCAAGAAAAUAUUCAGAAUCGAUAUCUUUUAGACAAAUCGCUUUUGAAAAGUUUGUCAAAUGGACAAAACAAAUUCAAAUCCGUGACUUUCCACUCAUUAACCGAGCUUUAAAACUCUAGACCUUGCAGACCUUUACUUCUUUAACCCUCUAAAAAGACUUACAUUUCCGGUUCAAAUUCCCCACCCCACCCAUGUAAGGUUCAAAUUUCCCAUUCCCCAGGCAUGGACGACAAUAAAAUACCCGUGAGUUGCCCGAGUUUUCUUUUUUCAAAGAAGAAAAAUGAACUUGGGUAGGGCAUUUGAACAUAAUUUUGGCCCCGUCGGUUGGUAUUUGAAGAACUAAUUUUCAAGAGUUCAAUUUCCACGCAUGAGAUUUGUCUCAGUCCCUACUCUAGCCCACAGUAAUUGAAUUUCGCUUCUCAAAGACCCAUCAACGACGUUUAGGCCCCAUAAAUGAGGCUUUAUGUCUCGAGUACAUCGUAAAAGGGAUAUGCACUCGCUCGACUGCAUGGUAUGUCCGAAACUAUCCUCAGCAACUCCAGAAACUGCUCUUGACCAACAUUAAUCUAGAGCAUUCUCUUCACGCAAAGAACUGAAAAAUUAACUGAAGUAAAAAGCCAAACUUAAUAAAUCUUAGCGCUACCGUAAGAGAGGUUUUCCAUGUUUCUGCAUGUCCUGUGCGCGGCACGGCGCAGUGAAAAAAAAAAUCCCUUCGAUUAAACGAAAAUUCAACGCUAUCAAUUGUGGUCUUGUUGAUCAUCUUCAUUUGGCUUGAUUUGUAGGUCUCACUUCCCAAUGUGGCGUAGACAUCCUUAACAUUCAUUUGAAAGAGGACCAACAACUCAAGGCUCGUCUCGAGGAAUUGAAAACUGGUUCGGAUGUUAAUGGGAACUUUUUACAAAAUCUACUAGUGCAGGCAAUAAUAGGGGAGCUACUUUCCGCCGUGGAGGAAGUUAAGAAGUUGAAAAGUCAAGUUGAUGAAGAAAGGGCGAAGAAUGCAAAACUGCUCAACGAGAUGGAAAAACUGUCACAGAUUUUUGAAGAGGAACAAUACAAGUCCACGAAAUUAUCAGAAACGAUAUCCCUGCUGCAAGGCAAUUGUAAGACAGUUGAACACCUCACCAUUCGGAAUCGUGAGCUAGAGAUGGAGAGAGACCAAACUUUUUCUGAGCUACCUCAACUGAAGAGUUGGGAUGAAGCGUUGAAGGCCUUCUACGAAAUCGAGGAAAAAAGCAAACAACAGUACCAAGAGAGGUACGAAUCGAACACCGCGGAAAUAAGUGCGUUGAGAGAACGACUCAUUCGAGUAGAGGAAGAUUUAAGGUGUUUAAAGAUGGGAAGAAAAAAUUCCAUGAACUCGUCCAAUUUGGUGAGCUAUUUCAAUGUAAUUUUUAAUUCCUAUUUGUGUUAGGAUAUGUCAGAGUUCUCUCUCACUUUAAGCAUGACAGGUAAAAAAAUUUUUAAAACCGUUAGGGCAAUACUUUUAUCUAUUGCAUUUUCACAAAUUCCAAGAGAUACUAGGCGGUAAUAAGCAGUAUAACAGGCAGUAAAAUUUACCGGUUACCGCCUGAAAAGGAGAAUACUGAAUAGACGGCCAAGUCGUUAGUCUACCCGCGUGAACUUACAAACCAUCCAGGGAAGAGUAGCAAUAUUCUUAUUCUCUUCGCGCUAUAGAGAGCGGCAAAAAAACUUUUGCCAGUAAAAAAUGUUGCCAGAAAGGUCUUACGACUUAACCGUACACAUUUUCUCCUUAAUUUGUGGGUAUUUGAUCGAAGGCGUGAAGUUUUGGUCGUAAGAAUCUUGGCCUGCUCUUGUUGUGUCCGAGAUACUUCUGUUUCUUUUAAAAACUCUCACAGCCAGUGACCCCGGUUGAAAACAUCAGCGAAGAGCAUUUAUUCAUUUAUCAGUUCAUUUAUGCUGAAAAUGUUUUCUACCUUAAUAAUUUACGUAGCUUACCGGCACCGUUUAGACGACUAUAAAUAUAUGAGCGUAGAUAGAGCUUUAAUUUCUGUGGUUCUAAUGACCAUAAGCUUGAAAGAUAUCGAGAUUCAGACGGUUUGAAAAGGCCAUCAACGUGGCUCGACUUUUUGAUACUUUCUUCUCAGGUAAACGAAUCAGAUGAACACGAAUGGAAAGAAUGGCUGUACCGCAUACCUUAUGAGGUCUUAGUUGCCAUGGCAUGUUGUCCCUCAGACCAAGGUUCAGUCGAUGAUCGUGUCUCAUCUUCUAACAUAUCAAACUUUGGCAUACCACCUUCGUCCCCAGCCGAAUAUGACCAUCAGUGGAAACAAUCACAGAAAGAAGUUAUCUAUGGUCUGUGGAAAAAAGAAAACGAAACCCCCGAUGGAUGUUACGUCAUUGAUGACAGCAUUAAACCACAGCCUCGUCCUCGAGCGGAUGCCCUUGAUAGGUCCAGGACCUCUCGAUACAAAUUCCGGGCGUUACGUAGAAUUCCUUAGAUAGGAACAACCUGUAGAGAGAAACAAAUGCUGACAUAUGUAUUAAACCCUUCGUUAGACCUUCAAGAUGAAAGUAGAAGACGUGGCGGCCUGAUGUCGAUGAACUAACAUCUUAUUCAGGGGGAAUCUCCUGGUUGCGUCAUGCUGUGAAAAUGCAGUGAUGGAAAACUUGUACAUACUUCGCCCAGAACUAGUUGAAGACGGGAGCUCAAAGAGGCGGCUUCUUAUGAUUGAAAGAGCCCCUUUGGGCGAUGAUCGUUUUUGAUCAUACGGUUACGGAAGAAAGUUAGCUGUUCACUUUGUUCAUCUAUUCCUUUCAAAGCAAGCCUUUUCUCAAAGAUUAGGAUAAAAGUGCUGAAUGUUAUCUGUAAUAAAAAGUUAGUUAACUUUCAGCGGAAACUUCUCCUGAAGUAGGUUUUUCUAACGAUGUUGUUACUCCCUCUGAGUAUCACUAGGUUUCUGGAUACGAGUCACCUAAUGAACCAUUACGUUCGGCUGAUUGGCUAGUAUUCAAUAGUUGUAACUGGCGCAUCUCAAAUAUGGAGAAAAUUAUAGGCAAAUAUUCCAAUUCGAGUGCUUCCUUGUUUACCAUUGUAAAUAUGAAGCGGUACAGUAAAUAACAGUAAGUUAACUCCAAGUAUCUUUUCUUAAUUAAGGAGGCUCCAUAGGGUUUUUUGACCGCGCGAGAUCUAGGUACGAACAUAGAGCGAGCUUUAAAAGUGACGGCUCGAUACGAUCGCACGAUUGUUUUCUGAAAAGGUAUGUUAAAAAAAAGUUUAACUUAAUACAGUUUUUAUGUGAUGGAAUCUAGGGUUUCCAGCAACUGCAUCCGUAACAUUCAUAGUCCUCCUACGCCUGAAAAAGAGGUCAACCGAAAGGAAAAUAUCGCGGGAAAGAUUGCCAGAAGGCGACAGAUUGGAAAGUGUAUGCAUGACAAAGAAAAUAGGGAUCUUUCGAGCAAGAUUUAUCGGGUUUCCUUCGAUGGAAUUUCCUAUGAUUUACUGUACUGUUAAAGAUAUUUUUAGCCUUCCUAGUGCCUGUUGAUAAAAACUGAAUUCAUGAGACCAAAUUUGAGACAGAGGAAGAAAACAUAAAACUGCAAAUAGUGAGGAAAAUGCCUAUGUAACCCCUAUUUUUCUCGGCUUUUAAAUGAUCGGCAUGACGAAUUUCACAAAUUGUGAAACUUUUGAGAGAUUUCACCGGAGAAAAUUGAAGAAAAUGAAAGGCAAAGUCAAAUUAUCGCUGGCGAGCGCCCCUCUUCGUGGGGCCCUAGCUUAAGAACAAAAAUCAUUUUGUUAGUAUUGACAACAGUAAACGAUGGUCCGAGCCUUGCUCAUCACCUUCUGAGGACUUGGUGACCAAGAAAAGAGCAAAAACCCUAUGGAGCCUUCUUAAAUGGAGUGACUGUUUAGAACUGAAUUUCUUUGAAAACUGUAGAAAGCUUAGACCAAAGCCACAUUACAGCUUAG